AUGGCAGCGCCAACAGGCACCGAAGACCUGAUCGCACACCUCAAGUCGGUCCUUCUCGAGCUCAACACACACCCAUACCCUGAGGUCGCGUGUCCUCCCAAGGUCCCAAAGCGCGCCUCAGUCGCCUUGAUCUUGCGCGUACAACCAAACUACAACCACUGGCCAGCAUACUCAGACAAGCCUCCGCAAUCUGCGUCGCAGCAUCCACCAAAAUCCCGUCGACGAUCCUCCGCCGCUUCAGGUUCUGGUCAGAAGCUUAGCUUCGAGGACAUCCUACAUGCCUUCUUCGAGCAGGACUGGGUGAAGCAUGGCGACCCUGAGAUCCUCUUCAUCAAACGGGCGACAAGGAUAGGAGACAAGUGGAAUGGUCAUGUCGCAUUGCCUGGGGGGAAGAGAGACCCAGAAGACGACGACGAUGCUGUCACAGCCAUGAGAGAAGCGCUGGAAGAAGUAGGUAUUGAUUUGAGUUACCACAACGCGAUCGCAGUCGGCAACCUGCCUCAGCGGAUAGUCACCACAAGCUGGGGUAAAGUCCCUCUAAUGGUGCUAUGUCCCUAUAUCUACCUCCUCACCUCCCCCAACUACCCAACCCAACGCCUCCAACCCACCGAAGUAGCCUCCUCGCACUGGGUGCCCAUCCGUGCGCUCCUCUCCCCCGUCCUGCGAACCCACGAAUACGCCGACGUUUCCGCACGCCUCGCAAAAUCUGAGCUCGGGAUAAAGCGCUGGUUCCUACAAGCCAUGCUCUCGAAAAUGAUGUUCGCAGCAAUCCGCCUCGUGCCCUCAAACUCCACACACUGCGCCACAAUACCCGACUUCGUGCCCGCUUUCAGCGCGCCGCCGAAAGGACCAAUGACAAAGGCGAGGGAGCUGGUGCUUGGCGAGGAGAGAGGCGAUGGGAAACCGUCGCUGCUGCUUUGGGGGCUGACGUUGGGCGUUGUGAGUGACUUCUUGGAACAUAUUCCGCCACAUAAUGCGCUGGAGUUGUGGACGUAUCCGACAUUUACGAGCUGGGAUGUAAGGUUUGUAAUGUGGGCUAUGUCGUAUCGGUUUAGGAGGCAGAAGUCUCUUGAGAUGUCAACGGUGACCACGCAUUCUUCGACUACAGCGGGCGAGCAGGAUUUACCGGGCUUCGGGAGCGAGGCUGUUGGGCCGAUUUUUAGCGAAGGUGAGGAGGGAGGGGACAAGCCUGGUGAGGUUGGGAUAGCAGGGUUGGGUGUUGGGCGUGGGUGGGGACAGACUGGGCGAGCGAAGAUGGUUGCGAGAGGUGCGGCUGUCAACUCAAUGCUGGAAGGAUACUAUCCCAUUGUGAGGAAAGCUGUGGCUACGGCUCUUGCAGGGAGGAUAGGUGUUGUCGCGCUGCUGGCAUUCGUCACCUGGAAGAAGAUCGGUUGGCAGGGGUUAAUGAAGCUGGGAGCAUAG